AUGGUCAUCGUUCGGAAUGAGAUCACAGGUCAGAUGUACAGAUUUCCAUGUGGACGGUGGUUUGGCCAAGGAGUAGAAGACAGCCGGUGGUUCGGUAAUGGGUGCGACGUUAGUUUGGAGAGGUUAUUAGUAGCAGAACCUGUAUACAAUGAUGACAAUGGCGAUUCGGGAUUCGGAACGGUUCCAAACUCGCCAGCACGUACAGCAAGAAGAGGGAGAGUUUCAUCCAGGAGUCAAACACCUCAAAGAGAGCGCAGUCCUUCGCAAACUCGCACUUAUGACUCAACACCAAAAACGCGUAUCACUGAAAUCCAACAAGUACUCGGUGAAUCUGUGAAUGCUUUGGUUAAGUAUUUCUACAGUGAGAAGCAUAGCAAGAGCGAGUUAGCGCAUUUGCUUUGUGGUGAGCGUGGACUGGUUAACGCUAUUGAGCAGGCUUUCCAAUUUGGACGCCAUGGUUCUGUGUGGCUGUUCCGACAACCUUCUCCUUGGGAUUAUGUUGGUAAGUGUAUUUUUCAAUGUCACAGAGCUUUUGUAAAGCUUUUGUAUAUUACGUUUAUGUAAAG